UUAUUUCAUUUUUUCUCAUGACGUAUGUGGUCUCGUGCCUGUUUGUAACCGUCGUCGUUACGGUGGUAGUGAUCGAGCGCGUGAGUGAUGAAAGUGGUUGCUCGCUUCUUUUCAAUCGCACACUGUUGUUAUGGCGAUGUCAGAUAUUUGAUAAGAGCACAAGAUGGCGGGUGUGUGUUGUAGUGCCGCUCGUACUUUUCUGGCUCAUUUGUUAAGAUUGUUCAGUUUUUUGUUGUUGUUGUUGUUACAGUUUCGAUCAUGAUGAAAUGAUAAAGAGACGUGUCUGGUGUCACGGCUAUAGAUGUGUUACCGAUCCGACACGAGGAACUAGCUGUAGCUCUCGGUAAUGUCGCAACUCCACGGAGCUCCUCGCUGAGCGAUCACUCUCGUCUCCUCAACUCACUCUUCAAGCUCGUCAGAAACCCUGAGAUCGAUUAGGAAUAAACUGCUCCCGGAAGUCAUUCGUUUACGAGUUCUAAAUGCUGAGCUAUGAGUGUAUAGUGUACUUCAUAAUCUUUUUGUGACUUUGAAAAAGUUUUUGGUGUGACAUUGAGUCACUGCACACGGUGUGCCGGAUGAUCGUCUGGUCGUCUUGUUUGCCGUGUUGGUUUACGCAGGAGUGGCUUAUCUUCCAGUGGGAUGGACUAAAGCUGUGACUGACAGUGGGUCCAAAGAUUAAUAUGAGUUCAUUUCCAGACGAUAAUAUCUGCUACUGUCCAUGGUCGAAUACUGUCAUGUAUUUUGAGUGUGUCAUUGAGUUGAUUUGUUUCACCUGAAACACUCUGGUCACGUCAAUGAACCUUGUUUUGAAUAUAUAUGUCAUUGCUUUAUUUAUGGUGUUCAGGUUUUCAUACAUGACCAAACAGGAAACGCUCUAGGCUACUGAUGGUUUACAACAAACAGCCCCACGUCCUCCACUGGUUCGUGUUCCACGUGUGCACACACACACACACACACACACACACACACACACACACGUGCGCACACAUUCAAGGUCCGUGUAGCCACACCACAGAGGGGUACGAUAACAUGUAUGUUUGGUAGCACUCUCAUUAAUGAGGGCCGUCUCUCGUGUUAUCCGCAGAACUCGUGCCUUCGAAGCAUCGGUUGCCAUGGCAACUUCUGGAUACUCCGAGGACCAUCAGCCUCAGCAGGCCGACGCAGUAACCAUGGCAACGCCUCCCGCCACCACGACCUCGUCCGCGAAGACGACGGCUCACUUCCUGUCCUCCGAGAUCCCGCCGACCUCUGGAACCGCUGCCUCGAAAACUGGACAGGACGCACUUUGUUCUCAGGCCCCGCCCACCGGCCAGGGCCAGAAGGUUCUGACCACGCCCACGCAGCACUACGUGAACCCAGAAAUACAGCAUGCUGCGGACCAGAAGAGUAACGGGCAGAGCAACUCGCCCCAGUACAUCAUAGUAACCGUUACAGAGGGCUCUGUUCACUCCAACGACAGCCUGUCAGACUCCAGCCCACCUGCCCCCGGUGUUCCCACUCAGGCGGUCCAACCAGUGCAGCCCACCCAACAGAGGUCAGUGUUGCAAGCGGUGCCGCAGGCAGCCAAGAGGACUCAGUUUGGCCACAUCAACAAGCUACAGUCUGUGCACAUUAGCCAGGAGGAGGAGCAUGUGUACUCUGGCCAGGUGCAGUAUGUGGACGGAGGAGGAGACGUGACUUUUACUACGUCCUCCAUUCGAUCGAGCAACUACCCUUUCUCCGACUCGCCCCUCUACUCCCAGACCCCUCCCACCUCCUCCUCCUCCUACUACGAGACCACGCCCACCACCGAGUCAGACAUCACCGGCUCUGUGACCUCGCAGCCGGUCUCUGUGGCAACAGCGGGAGCCAAUUGCGGGGGAGCUGCUGCAGGUGGAGGGGGCUACGUCAUUCAGGGAGGUUACAUGUUAGGAGGAGGGGCGGCAGGUGGAGGAGGGCAGACUUUCUCCAGCCCCAACUCUCGCGCCCCACCCGCUACUGUGCAGUGGCUGUGUGAUAACUAUGAGGGGGCAGAGGGGGUGAGUUUACCUCGCUGCACCCUCUACUACCACUACCUGCUGCACUGCCAGGAGCAGAAACUAGAACCUGUUAACGCUGCAUCCUUCGGCAAACUCAUCAGGUCUGUCUUCAUGGGGCUACGUACGCGGAGAUUAGGGACCAGAGGGAACUCGAAGUACCACUACUAUGGUCUGAGGAUCAAAUCUGGUUCCCCACUGCUCAGGCUGAUGGAUGAACAGCAGCACAUGGCGAUGAGGCAGCAGCCUUUCUCACAGAAAAACAGGAUAAAGCCACUUCAUAAGGCACAGGGGAUCACCAAUGGGACAUCAGGUGGGAUGGGUCAGCUGCAGGCGGGGGCACUUUGUGAUAUUUCGGCGCAGGUGCAACAGUAUCAGCAGUUUCUUGAGCCAUCGAGGCCUCUGCCAGACUUUGUGGACAUUGAUCUGCAAGAUGGAACCCUGCCUGAUGGGAUCCUUUUAGAACACCUCAAGGCCUUUCAGACUCUCUACAGAGAGCACUGUGAGGCCAUUCUGGACGUGAUGGUCAACCUUCAGUUCACCCUCGUGGAGACACUGUGGAAAUCCUUCUGGAGGUUCAGCCAGAGCAGUGACACAGAAUCACUCAACCUGCACAAUGAGUCGGAGAAGCGUCUGCCCAAAACGUGCCUGGUGGUGCUGUGUAAGUAUGAGCCGGUGCUGCGCUGGACGAAAGAGUGCGACAACCUGCUCUACCAGACUCUGGUGGAGAUCCUCAUCUCUGACGUACUGAGACCCAUCCCAAGUGCCUUAACUCAGGCCAUUCGCAACUUUGCCAAGAGUCUGGAGAAUUGGUUGACAGGCGCCAUGAUGAACAUCCCAGAAGAGAUGGUUCGCAUUAAGGUGGUGUGUGUGGGCUCCUUCUCCCAGACGCUGCGGCGCUAUACCAGCCUGAACCACCUGGCCCAGGCAGCCCGCGCUGUCCUGCAGAACACAGCCCAGAUCAACCAGAUGCUCUCAGACCUCAACCGGGUUGAUUUCACUAACGUACAGGAGCAGGCAUCCUGGGUGUGUCAGUGUGAGGACCAAGUGGUACAGCGGCUGGAGCAGGACUUUAAAAUGACUCUGCAGCAGCAGAACUCUCUUGAGCAGUGGGCUACCUGGCUGGACGGUGUUGUCUCUGAGGCCCUGAAGCCCUACGAGCACAACUCCGUUGCCCUGCCAAAGGCUGCCAAGGUCUUCCUGCUCAACUGGUCCUUCUAUAGCUCUAUGGUAAUCCGGGACCUGACUCUGCGCAGUGCUGCCAGCUUUGGCUCCUUUCACCUGAUCCGCUUGCUGUAUGACGAGUACAUGUACUACUUGAUAGAACACAGGGUGGCCCAGGCUAAAGGAGUGACACCCAUUGCGGUCAUGGGAGAAUUUGCCAGCGCGGUCAAGAGCCGAAUCUCUCGUGACCUGGAGAAAGAAGAAGAAGAGGACGAUGAGGAAGAGGAGAGCGAGGACGAGGGCGGCGAUCUCGUGCUGCAGUCCAGCUCUCUGAGUGCGAUGGAUGACGAGAAGGACCCGAUGGAGCCGCCUGCCAAGUUGCCCAGGACGAGUUUCAACCUGCACACUCUGACCGACGGCACACAGCCGUAGCUACUCAUUUGUAGAAUUAUCUCUCUCACACUCACACACACACACACACACACACACACCUUUGCUUUAAGUUUAACAUCGUGCCAUCCCAUUCUGACAUCCUGUGUACACUUCAGGUUUUGCAAACAGCUGAUGUUUGGUGUCGAGCGUGUUGUCGUCCGGUGUGUCUGCAAUCAUGUGAACAUGUGGAAGAGCCUUUUUGUACUUUUGUGCUGCUGCCGUUCUUUUUCUGUUUGCCUUCACCUGAUAUGUUACGAUCCUUCCCUCGUUCCCCGUGCCUUCCCUAUUUUCAGUGGCUAGUUGCCUGUAGCCACUCCUGUCCAGCCUCAACUAUAUUGUACAUAGUCUUGGUUCCCUCCUGCCCCGCCUUAACCACUGACCUGAUUGCUGUGGAAAGAUGAGAAGUGUUCUUCGUUGUACUCUUAAACUCAUAAAUAUCUCCUACCUUGCCUUUAAAGCAGUGACUAUGCAGGGAAGCUGGACUUUAGUGAACAGAACUGGCUGAAAUAUACAUUUCUUUUUUAAAUCUCAGAGUAGCAUCUGGAAUGAUACUGCAUUAUGAAUUUUGUUGGGACUUGGAUGUUGAUUGACAGCUAUGUGCGGAUGCCAUAUUUUACUUCAUGUCAUUUCUAAUUAAUAUGGCCGAUUGACAGAUACCCUGUGCCUUUGAGAGAUUCCUAGACAGAAAAAAAAGCUUGUAUUCUAUAUAUUCUGUAUUGGUGGAUUAAUAAAUGAAGGUCCUGUGAAGUAGUCUUGUCAUGAAUAUUUAGCUGUGAAAAAAAACACAAUGAAACGUUGACAGUCCAGCGUCGUCGUGAUGAUUCUGCCCAGUUUGCUGUUUUCAAUCCAACUUUUUUUCCAACCUUUUAUCUACUCAUCAUCCAUUUGUUAUCUCUAUUUUACAAACACACGCACACGACAGACAGACUGCUGGACCACCACACACACCAAAGCUAAUCCCACCCAAGAACAUUUUGUAGAUAACCUAUAUUAUGUACCUUUUGUGAACAUUGUCAGAUAUUCAAACUAUUUGUAUGUUGUUUAACCAUUAUUGCCUUAAGAAAUACAUUGUGCACCAUCCAGAUGACUGAACUAUGUUUUUGUUGUGAUAGUGGAUCAACAUGUGGGCAGACUACAAAAUAAAAACUGCUGCCUGCCAUGUCCCCAUUA